AUGGCACGAGAUGACGAACCGAUUAGAUUGAUUUCACGCGAUACUCCUGCAACACCUAUAGAUAAAGAUAGAUUUCCGAAUAGAGAUAGAUUUCCGAAUAGAGAUCGAUUUCUGAAUAGAGAUAGAUUUCCAAAUAGAACCCACAGCCUAGUCAGUACAAAUUCAUUAAGGUGCCCAUUGUGCACCCAAGCACACUAUAUGAACCAGUGCCGGCAACUUUUAAAUCAAACGCCACAAGAGAGAUUAAGAAAAAUUAAAUCCCUGAAGCAUUGCAUCAAUAGCGUUUCGCAUUGUCGCGCGACUACUUGUAGAAAAUGUGGUUCUAAACACCAUACGCUUCUACAUUUCGAAACCCCUGUCAGAACUAGUACUAUGCCAGAUGAAUCCUCUAUACCGGCUACCGUAGUCUUAACAGCAUCCGAAGGCUUGACAACGGAAGUUUUAUUAGCUACCGCGUGCGUUACCUUAAUAGGACGAAAUAAUGAGGGACAUAAUUGCCGAAUUCUUUUAGAUCCGGGUUCUCAACGAAAUUUUAUGACUGAAGACUUAGCAAACCGCCUUCAAUUACCUAAACGUAAUCUAAAUUUAAUAACCUCAGGUAUAGGACGAACGGAACGCCGAGUAAAAUAUGCUGUCGAAGCUCAAUUUAAAUCGAAUAACUCUAAUUUUGCGUGCAAGGCAACAUUUUUAACGUUACCGAUAAUCACAAACGCGUUGCCAUCUCGCAUGAUAAAUCGUGAAUCGCUGAGGAUACCGAAUAAUGUUACACUAGCUGACCCGUGGUUCCAUAAACCCGCGACUAUUGAUAUGUUAUUAGGCGAAUAUCUUUAUUAUAAACUCUUAAAGGCACAAAGAAUUCGCUUACAUAAUGAAACCGUAGUAUUACAAAAUACCGCGUUAGGCUGGAUCGUGUCGGGUGAAGUGCAAAGCGAUACCGAACCCCAGCAAACAAUAACGAAAUGCCUUCUUAGCACAGAUCAAUUAGAUCUUCAAUUAACCAAAUUUUGGCAAUUAGAGGAAUAUCCACACGAAACAAAAAUGCACCCGGAAGAGAAAUUAUGCGAAGAGUUCUUUCAAGCAACCACACAACGUGAUUCAACCGGUCGGUACAUAGUACGAUUACCAUUCAACAGUAGAAAGGUUGAACUAGGCAAUUCUUACAAAACGGCAUUAAACCGUUUUUAUUCUUUAGAGCGACGACUUCAAGGCAACCUCGAUUUACGAAGUGCUUAUACCGAAUUCCUAAACGAGUACGAAUCUUCGGGACACAUGUCCGAAAUAACAGAUCAGGCAUGUAACGAUGAAGGAUGUUAUCUGUCACAUCAUCCAGUAAUAAAAACAAGUAGUCUCACAACUAAAUUACGUGUAGAAUUUGACGCGUCCGCGAAGACAAGUACCGGGAUAUCGCUCAACGACACACUUAUGGUAGGUCCAACAAUUCAGGAAGAUAUUUUCUCCUUAAUUAUCCGAUUCCGAUCUCAUGCAUAUGUCCUGACGGCCGACAUAGAGAAGAUGUUUAGACAAAUAAGAUUAGACCCACAGGACGCGGUUUAUCAGAAAAUACUGUGGCGUAAAGAUCCGAAGGAGUCAGUCAGGACAUACCGUCUUAACACAGUAACGUAUGGUACAGCCUCUGCCCCGUUUUUUGCAAUACGUAGCCUCCAUCAAUUAGCAGCUGACGAAGUUGGCAAUUACCCUCUCGCAGCCCAGGUUAUAAAAACCGAUUUCUAUGUCGACGAUCUUUUAACUGGUGCUCAAACAUUAGAAGAAGCGAUGACGCUUAGAGAUCAGUUAAUCAAGCUUUUAAAAUUGGGGGGAUUUAAUUUACGGCAAUGGGCGUCAAAUGAAACGGCUCUGCUUCGAGGAAUUAAUGAUCGAUCCUCCAAGGAACACUUGUGUCUAGAUACGGAUACGGUAAAAAAGAUGUUAGGCAUUUAUUGGCACCCUCGUGAAGAUACAAUUGGUUACAAGGUGGUCGUUGAUAACGACAAGUUUCUGCCGACUAAACGCGCAAUCCUUUCAAAGAUUGCUCAACUUUUUGAUCCUUUAGGACUCCUCGGUCCAGUAGUCAUCAAAGCAAAAUUGAUAAUGCAGGAGUUAUGGAAGUGUGGAAUAGGAUGGGAUGAUACAGUCCCCUUAGAGAUACAAAACGCUUGGAACAGUUAUCAACAACAGCUUCUAUUAUUAAAUAAUUACUCGAUAGAACGCGAAAUUCUAACAAAAUUGCCAGAGGAAUUACAAUUACAUGGGUUUUGCGAUGCAAGCGAAGUAGCAUACGGAGCUUGCAUUUAUAUCAGAUCUGUAGAUUAUAAGAAUAAUGUGAAAAUUAAGCUUGUAGCAGCAAAAUCGAGAGUUGCUCCGCUGAAAACAAUAACAAUAUCGCGAUUAGAAUUGUGUGCGGCAGAAUCGCUUAGCAAUCUUUAUCAUGUAGUGGUAAAUGCACUGAGAUACCCCAUCCAGUCGGUACACCUUUGGUCGGAUUCUACGAUAGCACUGCACUGGAUUAAAACUCCCCCACAUACCCUAAAAACUUUCGUCGCGAAUCGCGUAGCACGAAUCCAAGAGCGUACAGAUCCUCAAAACUGGAAUCACGUCAAUUCAACCGAUAACCCAGCCGAUUGUAUCUCUCGCGGUCAAUUACCCAUUGAGUUUUUGUCAAACCAAUUAUGGUUGAAGGGGCCUACUUGGCUUUCUAAUCCACCUUUACAAUGGCCGUCGUCAGCCUUACCUGAAAUUGAUAUCCCGGAGAGCCGAAAUACGGUUGCACUAAUUACCAGUGUGACUUCGAACUUCUUCGAACGGUUCUCAUCAUGGACCACUCUUCAACGAGUGAUCGCGUAUUGUAUUCGUUUCUGUAAAAAUGCCUCACGUUCUGAAUCCAAUAAAGGACUCCUCACGACCGCCGAAUUGCGAAGAGCACGCAAUAUCAUUUUAAAAACCGUUCAGAGUCGUUAUUUUACAAGGGAAUAUACAAAAUUGAUACAGAGUGACUCUGUUUCCAAGGAAAGCAAAAUUCUUGCCUUAAGUCCGUUCAUUGACAAUGACGGACUCAUCCGUGUGGGUGGCCGUUUGCAAAAUUCUAACCUUCGCUAUUCGCAGAAACAUCCUAUUUUACUACCACGAUCAGACCAUAUUACCAAAUUAAUUAUUGAACAUCAGCAUCGCAGCCAGUUGCACGCAGGUAUCUUAGGAACGUUAAACGCGGUCAGACUACAAUAUUGA